AUGAGUGAGAAGAAAUUCAAAGAGAGUGAUGCUGGUGAUGGUUCAAAGGCAACGGACCAGUAUUUAACGGGAAUGAAGUUGGCGUUAACUUUGGGUUCAUGUGUGGCUUCGCUCUUUGUUGCUGCGUUAGACCAAACUAUCGUCACAACCAUUUUAACAGAGGUUGGAACUAAAUUCAACGACUUUGAGAAGAUUGGUUGGUUGACAUCAGCGUUUUUACUUCCCAUGGCAUGUCUUGUGCCUUCAUAUGGUAAAAUUUCUAUUGCGUUUGGGAGAAAGUGGACAUUGAUUGCUGGUAUUAUAGUGUUUGAGAUUGGAUCUUUAAUAUCUGGGUUGGCUAAUAGCAUGGAUAUGCUAAUUGGUGGAAGAGUCAUUCAAGGUAUUGGCGGUGGUGCAAUUCAGUCCAUGGUUAUGAUUAUUCUUAGUGAAUCCGUUCCUAUAUCUAAGCGGCCAUUAUCGAUGACACUUAUUGGUGUAACCUUUAGUGUAGCUUCAGUCCUAGGGCCAUUUAUAGGUGGAGCCUUCGCUACGCAUGUGAGUUGGAGAUGGUGCUUCUAUAUUAAUUUACCUAUUGGUGGAGUAGCAAUUGUUUUCUUACUUUUCGGGUUCAAUCCUCCAACACCAGUGGGAAACUUACGUUCAAAGUUGGCCAAGAUUGACUACCUUGGUACUUUCCUUGUGGUGGCAGGAACCACCCUAGUAUUAUUGGCAAUGACAUUCGGAGGUUCAGACUUUGCUUGGAGAUCUGCCGCUGUGAUAUGUUGCUUCGUUUUGGGGGGCUUAUUGUUAGUAUCGUUCAUUAUUUGGAAUUUUAGGUUCUCACCAAACCCCAUCAUCUUGAAAGAGCUUGUCACUAUACCACAAAUCUUUACAGUCUUUAUCACAUCAAGUUUCAAUUUUGCAUUCUUUAUGGCUCUAAUUACAUAUUUGGCUAUAUACUUUCAAGUGGUUUUCAAUGCGUCAGCAUGGCAAUCGGGGAUUGAUAUGCUACCAAUGGUUAUCAGUGUAACAAUAUCAUCAAUACUAAAUGGGAUUUUUAUGAGAUUCACUAGAUACGUUAAGAUCACCUUUACUCUAUCCAACGUAUUGGGACCCAUCGGUUGUGGAAUUCUCUUGUUGCUCACAACAUCAUCACCUACAAGGGAUAGAAUUGGGUUGUUGAUUCCUGUUGGGGUUUCUAUUGGGUUGCAAUUCCAAAGUGCCAUGAUGUCUGCUCAAUUGAAAGCGCCAUCUGAGGUGCAAGGUUCUCUUAUUUUGUCCACAAUUUUUAUCAACUUUGGAAAAUCAAUGGGCGGUGCUAUUGGAUUAACGCUUGCACAAUUGAUAUUUAACAGCACUGGAGCAAACUACCUUGAGAAGGCAAUUGAGUCUGUGGAUACGACGUCAGAGUCAUCUCCAUAUUACGCCUUGGGCCAAACGCCUGCAAAAUCGGUGAUUUCAAAUCCGGAUAUAAUCAAUCUGUUGCCAGAUGCAGCAAAAGAAUUGGUAAUAGACCAAUUCAUGAAGGCAAUUAAGAACGUCUUCUAUUUUGCAAUUGCAUUAUCUGCGGUUGCGUUGAUUUCAGGGAUCUUUUCUACGAACAAGAAACUUCCCAAAUCCGAAGAUAUUGCCAAAAAGGGUGAUGAAGAUAUAGAAAAGAAACAUGAAAUAGAAAAUGACAAUGACAAUAACCCUUCUAUGAUAACUAGCUCCUCAGCUCCACAUUCAGAAAAUACCCAUUCAUCUACUAAGCAGUCGAGUGCUGAUAUUCAUAGCUGA